UCCGUCAUGCUGUCGGCUGGUAUCGGUUUAUCUGAUGACUGCUGCAUGUUUCACAUAUUUUCUGUUGUGUCCAUAAAAAGAGUCUGAGGUGAAGCGGAAACACGUGUUUGCUGGGUGUGAGCGCUCAUUGGCUGCUGCCGGCUCUUUUUGAAAAAGUUCUCUGAUCGGAGGCGGAGGAGGGAAAGUUCAAAAUUGUAGGAACGGUAAAAAUCUCAAGAAGCAGCCAGGUGUCACAAUGAACAGACAAGCGAAGGGUAAAACCCCUCGCAGGCCUCCUAAUAAAAAGCCUAGCAGCAACCAGAAAGACCCGGUUGGGGUGUACUGUCGUGUACGACCUCUGGGUGCUGAGGAUGAGGAGUGUUGUAUUGAGGUCAUCAGCAGCAGCACAAUCCAGCUGCACGCACCUGAAGGCUUCAAAACAAACCGAAAUGGAGAGUACAAAGAGACACAGUAUUCCUUCAAAAAAGUAUUUGGAGUGUCAACAUCCCAGAUUGAGCUGUUUGAGCAUGUGGCCAAACCUCUUGUUGACGACCUCAUACAUGGAAGAAAUGGUCUGCUCUUCACUUACGGGGUCACAGGAAGCGGAAAGACGUUCACCAUGACUGGCUCUCCAGGCCAGGGUGGACUUCUGCCUCGCUCGCUUGACAUGAUCUUCAACAGUAUAGGGCCCUACCAGGCCAAAAGAUAUGUUUUCAAGACUGAUGACAAAAAUGGUAUGGAGGUCCAGAAUGAAGUCGAUGCUUUGUUGGAGCGCCAAAGGCGAGAAAACAACUUGGUUCCUCCUAAAACUCCCUCCUCAAGACAAAAGCUUGAUCCUGAAAUAGCUGACAUGAUUAAGACAGAGGAGGGUUAUAAAGCUGACGGUGUAGACGAAGACAGCAGCUACAGCAUCUUCGUCUCCUACAUUGAAAUCUACAACAACUACAUCUAUGACCUCCUGGAGGAAAAUCAGGAGGAUGCAAUCAAACCAAAGUGGAAUGGUGGAGGCACACCUGUGCGCCAGAACACUGAGUUCAUACCACCUCAAUCUAAAAUCCUCAGAGAGGAUCAGAACCACAACAUGUAUGUUGCUGGUUGUAUGGAGGUCGAAGUCAAGUCCGCGGAGGAGGCUUUUCAAGUAUUCUGGAGAGGUCAGAAGAAGAGAAAGGUUGCGAACACCCGCCUGAACAGAGAGUCCAGUCGCUCCCACAGCGUGCUCAUCGUUAAACUGGCUCAGGCUCCUCUUGAUGCAGAUGGCGACAACAUUCUCCAGGAUAAAAACCAGGUGACUGUCAGUCAGCUGUGCCUGGUGGACUUGGCAGGGAGUGAGCGCACCGGUAGGACGGGAGCAGAAGGCACCCGUAUACGUGAAGCAGGUAACAUCAAUCAGUCUCUGCUGAAUCUGCGCACAUGCAUCGAGAUACUUCGAGAGAACCAGAUGUGUGGCACAAACAGGAUGGUCCCCUACAGAGACUCUAAAGUAACCCAUCUGUUCAAGAACUACUUUGACGGAGAGGGGAAAGUCAAAAUGGUCGUCUGUGUCAAUCCCAAAGCAGACGACUACGAGGAAACCUUGCUGGUGAUGCGGUUUGCGGAGAUGACCCAGGAGGUGGAAGUGGCUCGGCCAGUGGACAGGCCCAUCUGUGGCUUCACCCCGGGCCGUCGACAUCGGAACCAGGCCUUUAAAGAGGAACUGUCUCGCAAGCUGGAGGAGCGAGGCGGUCCAGAAAGAGGUGUUCCCUCUGUUAUAAAUCACCUGGUGCACAGCCUCCCACCUCUACCCACCUGCGAGCUGACCGACCCCCAUGAUGACAUCACACUGCCUAGGCUCAUCGAAGCUCUGCAGAACAGACAGAGGAUCAGACAGAUGAUGAUUGACGAAUAUAACAACGCAGCCAACAGGAUGAAGUCCAUGCUUCAGGAACUGGACAAUAACCUUAUUGCCAAAGACAAUUUUGUUCAUGAACAAAAUGGCAAACUGGUGGAGAAGGACAAAAUGAUCCAGAUUAACAAGGCAGAGAUCGAACGCUUGGAGAAAAUAACUAGGAUGCAAGAACACAAGAUUGACAUCCUACAGAAAACAACUAAAAUCUAUGAGGGUGACAAUCGUUCACUGAAGCAGGAGCUGGAAACCAGACAGCAGAGGCUGCAGAGGGAGCUGUCUGACAAGAGACGCAUGGAGCAGCGCAUGCAAGGCGUGGUCACAGAUACCCAGUACAAGUGGGAGAAAGAAUGUGACCGUCGGGUUAAUGCGAUGCAGCUGGAGAUGCAAAACAAACUUUGGGUGAAAGACGAGAAGCUGAAGCAGCUCAAGGCCAUCGUGACGGAGAGCAAGACUCCAGGUCGUCCUGACCCUCCACCGCGCCAGACGCAGCCUCAGCCUCAGCGACCUUCAAGGGAGGAACGUCUCCCUGCAAAGAGAUCAGCCUCGCCCUCGCCGGUCCCUUGCCCUGUUGAGCCUCCCCAUGUCAGGCCAGUACCAGGGCCAGUCAGUGCCACUAGAGUUGAGGAAGUUGAGAUGAACCCAAGGCCCGCCUGCCCCGUCCCCAGCACCAGUGGCUCCUUGUCUGUGGCUAACAGCGUCACUGCAUGGGAGCAUCGGGCAGCCCAAGACAGCAGGCAGGGUUACCGUUCCCCUAGUACGCCCACGAGACCCCAGACAGGCUCCUCAGCCAGCCGGGCCAGGAGGAGAGCUCUGUGUUGUGCUAGAGAGGAAGAAGAGGCAGACUCAUCCCAGGACAGCAGACAGGGUUACCAUUCCCCUAGUACACCCACAAGAAUCCAGACUCCAGCAGGCUCCUCAGUCAGUCGGGCCAGGAGCAGAGCACCGUGUUAUGAGGAGGAAGAGGCAGACUCUCCUACAUUCAGUCUAGACCUAAUUGAGAGAAGCUACAGGACGGCGACACCAGUGCGGCCGCUGCACCGUCGCUCCCGCUCUGCUGGCGGGGAGAAGUGGGUGGACCACAAGCCAUCCUCCAGCUUGGACUUGGGUACAGUUCUGCAGCCAGUCAUUCCCAAUGCCAUCCAAGUGUCUGCACCGAGUGAGAAGGCCCUAUCUAAGUGUGACCGAUAUGUGUUAACACACCAGGAGGUGGCCUCUGAUGGCGAGAUACAGACCAAACUUAUUAAGGGUGAGGUGAUUAAAACCAGAGGAGGAGGACAGUCUGUCCAGUUCACUGACAUCGAGACACUCAAACAGGAGCUCACCACCGUCCCAAGGCGCAAAAGAAAGUCUUCUGAAGGCGCACCUGCCAAUGGAGAACGAACAGAUGGAGCUUGGACAGAUGUGGAGACGAGGUGUUCUGUGGCGAUGGAGAUGAGGGCUGGAUCAAGCAUGGGUCCUGGCUAUGAGCAUCAUGGGAUCACCAAGCGCAGAAAACCCUAAAAGCAGCCAACAGCUGCUCUUGCAAACACUCCCCUCUGCCCUCACCUGGCUGUUGUGCAAUAGUCUGAACUUUUUAUAUUUAGCUCUAGUGAUAUUUAAACCUUUUCCACGCUUUUAUAUAUGCAAAAGUGUAUAUACAUGGAUCACCAAAGCUGUUAUGUAAAAUAUUUUAUCUUUUGUAUUUGAACCAAUAGAAAACAAGUGUUAUGGGAUUCAGUUGAGAAUGGUGGCAAAUAUUUAGUUACUGUGGUGCUGCUGCUGAAAAGAGUUUUAACAUUUGUGUGCAAGACCAGAGAUAUGCCUGCUGUUUAACCACGCGCCAACUUACACAACCGGCUGCGCUGUGAAUAGAAUUGUUCACGCACUUGCUGUUGUACAACGUGUUACUGGAGAUUUCCACUAGAGGGCACACCAGAGAAGUCAGAAAUAAAAACACUGCUGGAUUUGUAGGAUGUAAAUAAUAAACAUGGCAACAACCCAGGAGGUUACUCUAUUCAAAGUUAAUAGAAGCUUCUAAACUGUUGGUUAUAUUGUUAAAUCUAGCAUCCUACAUGACAUGUUGACUGUUAAAUCAAGUUAUGGAAAGGGUGAGUACUUCUUUCUCCUAGACUGUCCCUACUUGCACAUGAUAACAAACACUCCAAACACAUAAAAGAUGUCCGAGGCAGCCAUCAUGCACAAACACAUAGUUAACAGCUCGAACAUCUCUGGCCUAACAGUCAUAUUUGUUACUUGGCACAUGAGGAGUCAUUGUGAAGCAGCCACAAUGAUUAUUUUUGUCUGCUUCAUACUGUUUCUGUCUCGUCUCUGAUUGUUGAAUGGCAUUGAGUUUAUAGUGGAGUUUGAAUAAUCCAGUUCGAGUUUUCUAUAUAAAAUUUGCUUGUGCCACUGAUGUAAAGGAGCUCUUCUGCCUUCACUGUACUCUCAGGAAUAAAAUUCCUUUGAAGCACCAA